AUGGAUAUGUAUUUCAAUGUUAACUCUUUUCGGUCACUCAAUAGUCCAUAUGCGUGGUAUAAUUUUGCUUGUGUUCGGAUUGAUUUUGUUUGGGUGGAUAUAAGGGAAAGCAAACUAAUUAUGCUUGUAGUUGACCAAAAUAGAGAAAAAAUGGUGGUAGUUGUACCUAGCUCUUUAAUAGGAAGAUACCUAGAAAGAGGUAUGCAAGGCCGCUUAUAUUUUAUAAAUCAUUUUAAACUCAAUUCCACUCCCGAUGACUUCCCCAAGUAUGAAGGAUACAACUUUGUUGAUGAUCAAUAUGUCAUAAUUGUCAACCAAGCUACACGAUUUACUCUACUUGAGCCAGUCAUUGAAAAUCAUUUUCCGACUUAUCCAUUGGUUGAGUCUAUUGAAUAUCUGAUGAGAAAUCCACAUCAACGAAAUCUGAUCGAUGUUGUUGGCAAAGUUAUUGAUGGACAUCUUUUACACCAUGAUUGUUCGAUUGAUUUACUUCUUCGAGAUCAAUCUGGCUAUGUAAUUCAGUUGAUUUUGAAUGGUGGUCCUGAAGCCUUACCUUUUAAACUCGCGCGAUCAAUUCAAGAGAAAUGGAUCAUAUAUGUAUCUCGUGUUAAAUAUCGAAGCCGAGGGGGGAUGAACUUUUUGGAUUCUACAUCCAUUUCGAGGGUUGCAUUUGAGCCGGUUAUGGCAGAAGCAAAUGCUAUUAGGGUGAUUUAUGGAUGAUAUAAUUAUGUAUUUCAAUUUUAAAAAUAAACAACUUAAGAACGUUUGUUGGUGGUUUGUUUAUGUAAGAAUAUUGGUUAUUGGUAUUUUGUUGUUGUAACCUUAAUAUAUCUAUUAUGUUGCAAUUUAUUAUCUUUGAUCUAUAUUAUUCAAGUAUUGAACAAAUUUAUGUAUUGAGUUAGUAGAUAUAAUAUUCUUUUUAUUUAUGUUUUAUAAACUUAUAGUGUGAAAU